CUGUAUUGGAGCAGUAUACAUAAAAGUCAAGGUCGAGCUGGCCAGUGUUUUGUUUUGUGCCUUUUCACGCAACUCGGUCGAACCAACUUUUGAGUGACAAGGAAGACGCGACGCAUUAUGUGAAGUUGAAUUCGGCGACACAUUUCUUCAUUACGUAGUUCCUACAUCAGGAUGCCUCUCAGAGCUUUAUUAAGAUAUCUGAUGCAAAAUGAGCAGGUGGUGCAAAAGCUUGCAGAGAGCUACCCUAUACGAAGAGCUGCACAGUUAACAGCCUACAUGCUACACAGAGGGAGGGAAGCUGGCCUGCAGAGUCUUGAGAAGAUUCAAGAAGCAGACGUUGUGAAUAAACUUCAGCAGGAAGCCAAAAACUCUGGGCAGAAAUUUGACAACUUUCGAAACACAUUUACCAAAGAAUUGAAAGAAGGAAUGAAUGAAGUUAAGGAAGAAAUGAAGAAGAAGAAAUAACCAAGUUAACUGUGAUAAUGUGUGAUAUGGUUGUUCUCUGGGAUCUGCGGGCCGCAUCUGGACCGUCUGCCUCAGAGUCAAGUCCAGAAACUGGUCGAGCUGUGAUGUGUGAAACGUGACACUUGUAUUUAUGAAGUGAACUAGUUAAUGCAGAUUGCACCAGAUAAUCAAAUCUUAAACAAAAGAAGAAGGUAUUGUUUAGAAAGUUGUAGAAUAUGAUUGCUGUAAAUAUGAACACGACUUGUACCCAUGUUGCCUACAUGAAGGUUAUUUGAUAAUGGAGAACUGAUAGCUUAUGAAGUUGUCUGUGAGAUUUGUUUGAGAUAGAAAUUAGCAGCUGGUCCUAACUGGUCCUAAUUGGCACUGGUCUUUGCCUAACUGCACAAUCGUUAAGGCAUCAUAAGGACUAGCAAAGAUUGGCCAUUUGUAAGAGUUUAGCUAGGUUAUCAUUAUAAUAUGGUCAAGUAGACUGAAAAUGAUAGUCUUCAUCAUUGCAUUGCAGACUCCUUAGUCACCUCUUCUGAAUGUCCCGAUCACGGACUGUAGCUGCAACAUUGCUGAUACAAUAUUAGGCGAUAAUCACUCACUGUUCCCUGAUGUAAGGGAGACUACUCAGGAAUCAUUUAAAAAUAGUACUGUGUGAGAGUGAAAUGUGAAACAACCAACAACUGAUAUUUUUAUGACCAUUGUUUAUGCAAUGUUUACAAUGUAUCAUUCACUGUACCAAAUUUUGAUAAAUAUUAAGCAUCUGUAAUAAAAAUUAUUAUCAAA